GGGUGGUCUCGGUGGUGAGCUUCGUGCCCGUCGUGCCAGGCGCUGUCCCGUUGUCGCCAUGUGGUCCGUGCUGUGGACGGCCGUGCGCACCCACGCGCCCUACGUCACCUUCCCGGUGGCCUUCGUGGUGGGCGCCGUGGGCUACCACCUCGAGUGGUUCCUCCGCGGCCGCCCCCCGCCGCCCCCCGAGGAAGAGGAGAAGAGCAUCUCGGAGAGGCGCGAGGACCGCAAGCUGCAGGAGAUCGCUGGCAAGGACCUGACCAAGGUGGUGAGCCUCAAGGAGAAGCUGGAGUUCGCCCCCCGGGCGGUGCUGAACAGGAACCGCCCCGAAAAGAGUUAAUGAAGGUGUUCGUCCCGCCAGGGGGGCUCGGUGAGGACGAGGACCCCCAGCUGGAUGGGGGCCGCGUCCCUCAGCGUGGUGCUGGGGGAGUUCCUCUGUCACCUGCACGUCUUCGACCAGACCCCCCUGCACCUGGCUGUGCUUGGGCCGCACGCUGCCCCCACCGCUGCACUUCACCCUCCCUGGGCUCCCCGGAGGGCUCGGGGUUUGCCCACCCCGUGGAU